CCAGCCGCUCUCCCCGCCGGCCCCGCCCCGCCGCAGCCCCUCGGCAGGGCGCAGGAAGAUGGCCGGGGAAGGCGGGAGCGGCGAGGCGGCGCGGAGCGGCGGAGGCCGCGGCGUUGUGAUUUCAGACAAUUGGCCUGGAUACAGUCUGGAUUUGUUCACUUAUCCUCAGCACUACUAUGGAGAUCUGGAAUAUGUGCUCAUACCACAUGGCAUUAUUGUUGACAGGACAGAACGAUUGGCCAAAGAUAUUAUGCAAGACAUUGGAGACAAUGAUAUUGUGGUUCUCUGUGUCCUCAAAGGUGGCUACAAGUUCUGUGCUGACCUUGUGGAGCACAUUAAAAAUCUCAGCAGAAAUUCAGAAAGGUUCAUCUCUAUGAAAGUCGAUUUUGUUAGACUGAAAAGUUACCACAAUGAUCAGUCUAUGCAAGAUAUGCAGAUAAUGGGAGGAGAUGGUCUUUCAAAGCUGACUGGGAAGAAUGUCCUCAUUGUGGAGGAUAUUGUUGGAACUGGAAGGACUAUGAAGGUUCUACUUAAUACUAUAGAAAAAUACAAGCCAAAAAUGAUUAAAGUGGCAAGUUUGUUGGUGAAAAGAACAUCUCGGCCUGAUGGGUACAGACCAGACUGUAUGUGGCUAAAUACUGAAAAGAAUAGAUCCAUCUAGAAGAGAUCAACCAGUAUUUGAUACUGAAGAAAGCUGUGGUCAACUGAGCUGGGGAGGAAGGUGGAAGGAGAGUAGGCAGGUGGGUACCAGGAAGCAGCCUGAAGGGCUUUGAUUUGGACUGUGGGAGGAAGGGAAUCUUUAUGAAACAAAAGUUACUUAAUGUUGGGCAUGGCACUGUGGUUGUAGCUCAGUAAUCUGAACUGUGACCUAAACAUUUUGUUGUACAACUUUUAUACAGUGGUAUUUUUAUCAUUUAGAAUUUAAUCCAGUUAAUUUUAGUGUACAUUUACCUGGAUUUGCUGAUGUUAAAUACAUUAAAAAUGCAAUUAAAUUACUUCAUGAAGGAUAGUUUAAUAUUUUUAUGUAGUAACUUGUAAAGUGAAACAGGUUGUAUCCUUGUUUAUUCAUACGGUGAUGAAUUUUAUAAAGCAUCAAAGAUCUCCCUUGUAAAUCACUGACAGUGGUGUGUCAGUUCCUCACCCAAAUUUAUGAUUCCAAAGUGUCUAUUACCCACAAUUUUUAACAAUGGAACAAAUUCCUUACUUGAAUAUGUGUAAAAUCUUUUA